GCAGUGCGCUCGGUAACUUGCAGCGACGAAUGCUCGUCACAGUCGCCGACCGGAGCUUAACUCGUACGAGUGACUUUCAGGAUUUUUCAGUUUUAGUGAGCGAGUGUUGAAACCCGGCAAAGCCUUGACUACUCGAAGUAAGUUGCGCCGACAAUGCCUCAUAUCUUCGAAGAACCAGAUUGUUCAACAGAGCCGAAACUUGCAUAAUGGGAAAGAGAUUUAUUCUGCUUUAUACAAAUACAGGUGUGGUCUACAAUGUCGAUGUGCAUCAGUUGAGGUGUCUAGAAGCUGCGUAAUUGCGGAUCUAUUAAAUUAAAGGGACAAUCCCGAGCCACACCAAUUUGAGAAAAUGGCAAAGGCAAUCGUCGCAUUUUCGUCUUAAAUGAACAAGAAAUAAAACUCGAAAUACAAUGCUUCUGAUAUGGGCAACUUUAAUAGUCCACUUGGUUCGAAUUUACGCUCUUCAGUCAAAUAACUGCGACUUCAACUCCAUGUGUACGUGCACUUCGGACCAGUAUGACCCAAGCCUUAAAAAUAUUCACACCAUCACAUGCUUGUCGAUCCCCUUUUAUAAAUUUCCAAAUUUACCUGCAGAAAGAAGCAUUAGCCAACUAGAAGUGGUGGGAUCGAAGACUGUCAGCUUGGAAGCUGAGAGUUUGGCAGGAUGCCAAGUUCAAGCUCUCGUCCUGGCCAAUAACCGCUUGCAACAUGUGGCGGAUCGAGCAUUUAGUUCGUUAUGGAAAAGCCUCACUUCGCUGGAUUUGAGCUAUAAUCAACUAGACAGUGUUCCUUUCCUCGCACUCAAAGAACUGCGAAGUCUGCAGUGGAUUAAUUUGCACGGGAACCAAAUAUCGUCGGUAGGCAGCGAAUGGUCGCAUGCGAAGAACACUUUGACAACGCUAUUUUUGGGUGAGAACGACAUCACCGAAGUGGCGGUUGAGCAGCCGGAUCACAUCUCUAAAAUGUCUCACGGUCUGAGGGACUUCAAGUCCCUUAUUUGGGUGAACUUGGACGGAAACCGCAUAUAUAAAAUCCAUAAGCACUCUCUGCCGCUUACUCUUCAAACUGCCAGUAUUUCGCAUAAUUUGAUUGAGAACUUUCCACUUGAAAUCAUGAGCGGCUUGCCUCAUUUGCAAUGGCUGUAUUUGCGCGGGAAUCACAUUAGGACGAUACCCGAGCACACGUUCGGCAGGAAAUUAUGGCUCGAGAAAAUCGAUCUUGGCGAAAACUAUCUAAAAAGUUUACCGAGAUCCCCAUUUAACAGUUCUGUUUAUAUAAGAGAUUUAAAUCUAGCUUUUAACGACUUCAAGACGCUGUCGAGCCAAAGCUUCGCCGGUCUCCAGUGCGGAAGGAUAAUUCUUUCGUACAAUAUGCUUGAGGAUCUCGAAAUUAGAACGUUCGAGGGUAUAGAGGACACUUUGGAGUAUCUCGAUUUCGAUCACAAUAAUUUCCAGCGGAUUCCCUACGCCUUGGGCCAACUCAACUCCCUUAAAUACCUUUACUUAUCGUCGAACUUGCUAAGUGAAAUACCGGAACGAGCCUUCGACACUUUCUGUUCCAGUCUGAAAGCGGUGAGCUUGAGCGGAAAUCGUUUGACAAGAAUUCCGGUUGAAACAUUGCAAAAUUGCUCGAAAAUUUCCCACUUUAACAUCGGUUUUAAUGAAAUAUACGAAAUCGGGGAGAGCGAUUUCAGCUGGGGCUCGAACAUCAAGAGUCUCAUAUUGGGAAACAAUCGAAUUACAAGCUUGAAGAGUCAAAUCUUCACCGAUUUGCAGCAACUUAAAGAACUCAGUUUAAGUUUUAACCCGUUGCGGGUCAUCGACAACAACGCGUUCGCCGGCCUCGAAGGCUUAGAGAGUUUGGAAAUAUCGUUCGGACUCGACAGAGAUGACCUUCCACACGAAAUUUUCAAACCGCUAACAAACUUGAAAUGGCUUUCCGUCGACAACAAUAACUUCGAUACGGUCCCGGAAUUCUCUUUAGAUUCGCUUCCCGAACUCAAAUAUCUCAAUAUCGAAUCCAACAAGAUACGAACGAUUCCGGUCAACUUAUUAAAACCGGCCAUCCACUCCAAACUCAAAGACAUUCGUUUGUCCAACAACGAAAUAUCUACGAUUCACACCGACACGUUUAAAUCACUAAACAGCCUCGAAACCAUUCUUCUCUCUAAUAAUCGCAUCAGAGCCAUCGAAGCCGAUAGUUUUAACGACCUUCCAGUGCUCAACAAGCUGAUCCUCGCCAAUAAUCUAAUAUCGAAACUUCACACACGCGCAUUUUCCAACUUGCCGUCCUUGGCGAAACUCGACGUACAGAACAAUUUUUUAUCGGAAUUCUCGUUCUCUUGCUUCGCCAACUUAUCCACUCCCUUACAUCUCAACCUGAGUCGCAACCAAAUCAUCUCUUGCAAUUCCGACCUGAAAAUCCUCAACGUGCACGUGAUCGAUUUGCGAUACAACAACCUUGCGCGAAUCCCCAAGUGUCUAGAAAAUACCGCUCUUUUGAAAAAACUCUACCUAGACUUCAAUAUAAUCGGGCGGCUUGAUCACAACAGCUUCAUGCACUUGACUUCUCUCGAGCACCUCAGUUUACAACAAAACAACAUCAUGUUCAUCAGCAGGAAGGCUUUUGCCGGCGUCCAAAAUCUUCAAAUCCUUGACUUGUCCAAAAACCUCAUCUCGCAGCUACACCCGAGUCAAUUCGCUAAUAUGCCUCAAUUAAGGGUAGUCGACUUGAGCAGCAACAGCCUCAAUUACCUCCCCAAAGACGUGUUCCAAAACACCGUGAUUGAAAUGUUGGAUUUGAGUUAUAAUUCCUUCAGCGUGGUCCCCAGUUUGAGCCUUUCCGACGUCGGUCUGACUCUCCGACACCUCUCCAUCAGUUCAAAUAAUAUCGAACACAUUGAUAGUACAACGUUUCCGGAUAUUCCCUUCCUCCACCACCUUAAUUUGAGCAAUAACAAGCUCACGAUCCUUCCCGACAACGUUUUUACAAGUUUGGGUUUGCUACAAGUACUUGACUUGAGUUCGAAUCCUCUACGUGCCAACUUCAAAGAACUGUUCCACUACGCGCAAAGUUUGAAGCAUCUAAACUUGGCCAAUUCGGGGAUUACUUCCACUCCUCAUCUACCCUUGCCCAACAUGGUCCAUCUCAAUUUAUCCCACAAUCAUAUCGAAGCAAUCAGCAAGAACUCGGUCCAAGAGUUGAGCAAGUUAAAAUCAAUCGAUUUGAGUCAUAAUCAGUUGUUCGAAGUGCCAUCGCAUCUUUGGGUACACUUACCGAGAUUAAAAUCUUUGGAUUUGUCCUUUAACCCGAUUAAAGAAAUUGUCACGGAUAGUUUUUACGGGUUAUCCAAUUUGCAAGAUUUGAAUAUUCAAGGACUACGAUUUCUAGAUCGCUUUGAAAGUAAAGCCAUUCAACAGAUCAAGAUUUUGAACUCGUUGACGAUACAGACGUGGCCGAAUAUUGAUAACUUUAACGAACAGUUUUGUAAUUUGAUGUCAAAUUUGCAACAGUUGAGGAUCUUGAAGAUACAUUUCAUGGAGUCGAUCCUUGAUGAGCAACUGUUGUGUGUAAAAAAUAAAAAAAUUAGACAUUUAGAAAUCACUGGAAGAAAUUUGAAGAUGAUAGAUAGGGAUGCUUUUGUUAGAUUUGGGAGGAAUCCUGACUUAGUUUUGAAGAUCACGGGGACUGAAAUUGAGGAGUUACCUCCCGGACUUUUUUCCAACAUGUACAAAGUUUCAUAUUUAACGAUAGAUUUGAGGAACAAUAUGUUGUCUUAUCUUAGUCCAGAAAUAUUUUAUGGAAAUACAUCAACCUGGAAAAAUGUUGGGACGACUUUAAUCUCAGGUGGCUUAACCAUCUCAGAGAAUCCCUUCCGCUGCGGUUGCCACUUGGCCUGGCUGGGACAUUGGUUGCGAAGGUGGACAAGGGAAAGUUUGCAGUCCCACAACGCGCCGGUGGAAACCGCGAUGCGGAUGAAUGACAUGGUGAAGGAGGCGACGUGUACGGACAUCACCUCCGGGACUCGGAUACCCAUUGUGCAGUUGCCCCCCGAGGACAUGAGUUGCCAUGCGAGUGCUUUAAGUGACGCUCCGAAUCUGAAUAAAAUUCCUGUGAUGUUUGUUUUAAUAUACCUUAUGACGUACAAUUUCGUUCUGCGUUAGUGAACCUAACAGUAUUUGUACAUAACAUCUAGUGUGAGACUACUUCUUCCAUUUAUUUUACUAAAAUUUUUAAUACAUCAAUUGUUAUUUUUUGAUAAUGUAAAUCGUGUACAUAAUAAAAUUAAAACAUAUCAUGCUCGUAUAGAACGAUAGAACUUAUUUAUACUGAUUGCUCAAAAUGGGAGAUAUCAAUCAAAGAUGUGCACACGACUUGUUUCUUAUUAACGUUUAGCUAAUGAUAGUGUUUUGUAAUGAUCAAUAAAGUAUAUACAUUGUU